AUGGCCGUCGGUCACACCUUUAGUUUUAAGCUCUUAAAGAUUUUUAUAAUUUCAGCCUUACUUGAUUGUAAGACUUAUUCUACUAGACCUUAUAUUGUUCCUAAGGACUCUUACUCAAAGGAUAUCCAUCGACUGAACGUUGAUGGAUUGUUAUUUGGAUUAUUUUCAUGUGAAUAUAUACUGCCUGCUGCUGCUUGUGUUGUUAUCAGGAGACUUAAUUUGGAAUCUCACUUUGCUGUGUCGUUUGUCCUAACCAAGCAGACUAAACAUGGAACUACAUGCUUGGCGCUUCCAUCCAGGCCUUUUGUCAUCGAUCUUACGGUUCACGUUGACAUAUCACCGAAUCCAGGACCAGAUGCUCAGUGCAAAUCAGAAUACGGCAAAUCAGAUGACAAACUUUUGUCUUGUGCAACAGCAGCGGCAUUACGCUCGAUACGAUAUUCGCGAACAGAUUUACUAUCGCCAAAGUGGUUGGUCCACAAUAGUCUGCCGUAUAUAUCUACUACGUUUUCAAGAAGUUUUGAACAGUUUCAGAUGAGUGGUAUGAAUUUAGGAAAGGGUCAAAGAAAUCCUACAAGGCAUCACCAGAAAAUUACUAGCCACUCGGUUUUGAAUACUAAUGAGCAUUGGACAAAUGGGCAACAAUACCCCAUUCAAACAAGGAUAACAACACAGUCACGAAAUAUAUGUCCAUAUUAUAAACGCCCUGAGCGGAAUAACCUGAUUAAAAUCGCCUGUACGCGUAUGGUCCCAUCCUUUAAGCCAAGCUUAGCCACUCAUUUUUGUCUACUAAAUACAAGAUCGCUUAAAAAUAAAGGGGCACUUGUACAUGAUUACAUCGUAGAUCGCAAAGUGGAUAUUUUAGCUUUAACAGAAACUUGGCUCUCUCCUGGAAAUGUCAAUGAAUUUGAAAUAAACGAGACUACUCCAAAUGGUUAUGCAUUUCUACACGUCCCAAGACAUACUCGUGGUGGUGGAGUCGCUGUAGUUUAUAGAAAGUCCCUGCAUCUCAAGCAAAAUCCUACAUAUGACAAGUUUAAAUCAUUUGAACAUAUGGACUUAACCGUGAAGGCCGCAUCGAAAUCUUUAAGAAUUAUUGUUAUAUAUCGACCACCAACGUCAAAAAACAAUAAUUUAACCGAAUCCACCUUUUUUAGUGAAUUCUCUACUUUACUUGAAGAACUUGUACCUUAUUCUGGUAGUGGUAGUGUCCUUAUCGCAGGAGACUUCAAUUUCCAUGUUAAUGACUCAAGUAAUGCAUCUGCGAAGAAGUUCCUCAAUUUAUUGACAUCAUUUGACUACAGAAACCACGUACUUACUGCUACUCACAAAAAAGGCCACACACUGGAUCUAUUACUAACACGAUCUGACGACAAAUUUGUAUCAAAUAUAGAUGUCAUUGACCCUGAAAUCUCUGACCACUCGGCGGUGAACUGCAAACUUUUGCUUGCUAAACCACCUUCCGUAAGGAAACAAGUGAGUUUCAGAAACACAAAAGCGAUUAAUUUCGAUUUGUUUUCGUACCGACAUAAAAAAUUCUAG